AGUAAAAGCAAGUAGCUGAACACUCCGAGGCCUCUCUUUCUCUCUCUCUCUGUCAUCUCUUCAUCUUCCCCGCGCAUCUCUCUGUGUGCGAGAAUGGGAAGAUCGAAGCGAGCGAAGGAAACCUUUACCCCAAACCCGUCUUCACCAAAGAAGGCGAAGUUGGCCCCGCCCCCGUCGCCGCAGGAACCCGACGACAGGUUCGCCGGAAAACCAGUGCCGGCCGACGAAUCAAGGGUCAGAUGGCCCACUCGAUAUGGUGCUGAUUCAAGCGUAAAUCAAGUUUUACAAGCAAAGUCUCACUAUACUCAAGCUGUUGUUGAUGGAUGUAUGUUCAACCUUUAUGAUUAUGCGCACGUAAAGGCCGAAGAAGGAAAACCUGAUUAUAUUGCCAAAAUUGUGGAGCUCUUUGAAACCAUCAAUGGGGAGUUGUAUUUUUCAGCGCAGUGGUUCUAUAGAGCUGCAGAUACAGUAAUUAAGGAACAAUCCAAGCUCAUCGACAAAAAACGGGUGUUUUACUCAGGCAUUAGAGACGAUAAUCCAUUGGGCUCUAUUGUUUCAAAAAUAAAAAUUGUUCAACUUCCAGCCAAUGUGGAUUUGGCUGAAAAACAUAAACUAAUCUCAUCUUCGGAUUUCUAUUGUGACAUGGCAUAUUUAGUGCCACACUUCUCAUUCACCACUUUGAAUGCAACCAAUGCACCUGAGAGCUCAAAGGCAGAUAGUGAUGCAUCCUCGAUAAGCGAUGCUUGUUCAAAUAGUGCACUAGAGGAUGCUGAUGUAGAUGAGAAGUCGGAAAUGACUUUGCUUGAUUUAUACUCCGGAUGCGGAGCAAUGUCAACUGGACUUUCUCUUGGGGCUGCCAUUUCUGAUGUUAAAUUAGUCACUAGGUGGGCUGUUGACUUAAAUUCCGAUGCUUGCAAAAGUCUUAAGUUGAACCAUCCGGAAACUGAGGUGAGGAAUGAAAAAGCCGAUGAUUUCUUAUCUUUGCUGAGGGAGUGGGAAAAACUGUGCAAAGAAUUUCGAUUAUUGGAUUCUGAUAUAGAAGAUUCAGAAUUUGAAGAAAAUAGCUUGGGCUGUGAUGAAGAUAAAGAUAAUGAUGAUGAAUCUUCAGUUUCUCCGGGAGAAUAUGAAGUAGAAAAGUUGCUCUCUAUUUGUUAUGGUGACCCGAAUGAAAUCAAGAAGACUGGAUUAUAUUUUGAGGUUCGUUGGAAGGGCUAUGGACCUGGUGAUGACACAUGGGAGCCAAUUGAUGGUUUAAGUAAUUGCGAGGACAAAAUAAAAGAUUUCGUGACAAGUGGGUUUAAAUCGAAGGUUUUGCCUCUCCCAGGUAAAGUUGACUUCAUAUGCGGAGGCCCUCCUUGUCAAGGGAUGAGUGGCUUUAAUCGGUUCAGAAAUGUAACUGAUCCAUUGAGCGAUCCGAAAAACCAUCAACUUGAAGUCUUUAUGGAUAUUGUUGAAUUUUUGAAGCCGAGGUUUGUGUUGAUGGAGAAUGUUGUCGAUAUAUUUAAGUUGGCCAGAGGAGUAUUGGGGUGUUAUGCGGUUGCUCGGUUAGUUUCCAUGGACUACCAAUCUCGAGUGGGCAUACUUGCAGCAGGUUCUUAUGGAGUCCCCCAGUGUCGGAUGCGAGUCUUCCUUUGGGGAGCACGUAGGACAGAGGUGUUGCCUCAAUAUCCUUUGCCCACACAUGAAUUUGUUGGAAAGGGGGUGGUUACGGUCGAAUACAAAGAAAUUCUCCUCGGGUUUGAAAAAGAUGAGUCACAUAACUUGGAAAAGAGCAUUCUACUUAGUGAUGCACUAUCUGAAUUGCCGGAGGUCACAAAUUUUGAAAAACGAGAUGAAAGGCCUUAUGACUCUGCUCCUAGAACUGAAUUCCAGGAGUACAUCAGAACUAGAAGGCCUGUAUUUCUGUCUUUGAAUGGUAAAAAUAGUGCAUUGCAAAAAGAUAUGUUGUAUGAUCAUAUACCUUAUCUACUGAAUAAAGACGACUAUGAAAGAGUUUGCCAUAUACCAAAAAGAAAGGGAGCUAACUAUAGGGACUUGCCUGGUGUUCGGGUGGGCCCUAACAACAAGGCAGAAUUAGACCCAUCAAUUGAAAGACCGAUAGUCAGUUCUGGAAAACCUCUGGUGCCAGAUUAUGCUUUGUCAUUUGUCCGUGGGACAUCAACUAAGCCAUUUGGUCGCUUGUGGUGGGAUGAAUUCGUGCAUACCGUAGUGACAAGAGCAGAACCUCACAACCAGUGUAUCCUUCAUCCAGGGCAAGACCGGGUGUUAUCCGUUCGUGAAAACGCCCGGUUACAAGGAUUCCCGGACUGGUAUAAAUUAUGUGGGGGCAUCAAAGAAAGGUACAUACAGGUCGGAAAUGCUGUCGCAUUUCCGGUAUCUAUUGCUUUGGGGCAAAUGUUGGCAAAGGCCAGCCAGGGAGUUCCUAGCAAGGAACCAGUAACAGAGAUUGCUGUGAAGUUCCCCUAUUGUCUUGAGCUACUGUCCACGAAGAGAUUCUGAAUAUUGGGAGGAACUUGUUUUUCUGUUGGUUACCAUGCCUUAUCAUAGAAAUUCAACAUGAGUUGCAGCCGCUCAAGCAUUUCAGCUCUGUCCUGCCUCAUUAUAUAACAGGUGUGCAGCAACAAUAUGCAGUGCAAUUCCACAUUCCCGUUCUACUGGUUUCUUCAGCACCAAGUUUCAGUAAAUGUGUCCUCUUUCAUGAUUGCCUCAGCUGGCAUUUUUUUUCCUUUGUCCAAAAAAUUUGACUGUAGUUAGCUCAAUUGGAAACAUUGAUGAGAUGGUUUAGUCUUUGAAAGUUGUGGGGUUAUUCUUUAUGUAAUAUGGAAUUCUGGACCUAUUCCUGUUUUUGCUAAAGGGUAGAGCUAAGUUUUUCUGGGUCGGAGAGCUUGGGUUUCAACGGCAAGUGUAAUGACAACACACUUGAGUCUUAACAUUACAGUGACUGUUGGCAGUGAGAGAUGGUAAUGUUUUGGCCAUGGUAUGCCUUAUUUUUACUCCAGUAAUGUACAAUCUGAAAUUAGUUGUGAAUGUUAAGAGUCCUCUUGCUUAUCAA